UCCGGAGAGUGGGGCCGGUACCUGCUGGCGAUUGAAGACCAUUACACAGAAAAACAGAAGAGGAGAAUCCCACGGCACCCCCCGGUGCGCCCCUACGCCCCCCCCUCCCCGUCAGCAAACCGGCUUAAAGGUAUGUUUUAUGAUCAGUGACCUUUAAGUAAAUGGUGGACCUGUGAAGUGUCAGAAAGGAUUUCUUUAACCAUCUUGCUAACUUUGUCCCGGCCACAUACGUUUGCUGGGCCAGGCCGUGUAUCAGUCAGCCCUUCACCUAUGACAGCGCGCACAUCUGAUGACGGAUGUGGAACAGCUUAUGGCUGUUGUUUUGAGGACACUCUGCUGAUGAAAAACUGUCCGUCGAGCAAGAUGAAAAUGACCUUCAUAUAGGCAAGCAAUGGGUCAACGAUGAAGCCAAACAUCAGAUGUCUUCUCGGUCUUCCCAAGAUUCGGAACACCAGGACUGGGAGACAACUUAAUUCAUGCAUCACCAAAAAUAUCCAAUGAAGACUAAGGUAACACUCAUUAUUCUGUCUUGUGUGUACAUUGCAGAUUAGAAACAAGAUUUCAGACUUCUGUUUGGCUGACGGCCACAGCCAACAAAUCGUGGAGAGGCCAACCACUUUCAAAGCAAAAAAAGUAAUAAGGAAAGCCAUGGACUUGUAUCCACCACAGAACUCUUGGAAUUGAUGCGCAUGCUGAGUCAGAGGCUGAGUUGAGAAUGGUAUGAAUUGAACUGUUUACUUUUUAUGUGGAUAAUGUAGGUGUGCAUUAUAUGUCCAUAAUGGUGCUGCUGAAAGUGUGAAAUAAGAAUGUUAUAUGCUACGGAACAAUGUUAAACGGUUUUUAUUUUACUAUUUGAGGCUGGACAGUGACAUGUUCUUGCCAUCUUGCUGAUGCUACAUUUGCUUACCACCAUAAUGCCACAAGGUGAAAGAGGCCGGGAAAGAUGUCGGAGCAUAUCAAGCCUGUUCGUGCUCUAGCCAGCUCAUAGAUUUAUAAUAUUACUCAUAUAUCGUCUUGUAUCCUGUUUCGUCACCCCCCCCCCACUCCUCCCCAUCAAUGCUUAACAGUUCGUGUUACAAAUAUCUAUUCCAUCAUCUCACUCUUGUGCACAGUGAGGGAUUCUUAUUAUUGUCACGAGGUUAUCACCAAAACCAAUUUGUUGAAUGUUGUUUUUUUUGUUAGGGGAACCAGUGGGCAGCAGCAUCUUGACAACAUCACCCAAAGGCAGCAAGCCCUUACGUUCUCGCCCAGGGAUCCACACAGAGCAGCAUUCAUCCUACUUCAUUGUGGUUGACAAGCAUGCUCUGUCCAUGCAAAGGGCAACAGGUUCAGUAGGAGUUUUGACGAAGUCAAAAAAAGUCUUUAAAGCCCAUUUACGUAUUUGGUACGUCUACAGUUCUCCUUGAGCACGAUUUUUACUUUUGUGCAAAAAAACAUCUUAUUCUUAUAACACGACAUGGGGGGACACAAAGGAGCACUCCUAGAAGUUGCUCGUGCUGAGUGCGAGCAAGAACGGUGCGAUUAUUGAGAUAAAACUAUGGAAGGGUUUUCUUUGCAAAAGUGACCAUGGACGUCCCAAAACUUGUAAGCACCUUAAGAUAAAUUCAUGGGCUAUGUACAGGCAGGACUCUUUUUCUGAAAUGUGGUCAAGAAGGAUGCUCAUGUUCUUUUGGUAGCUUUUCUGGUUUUAGAAAACAUCUUAACAAGUGCCACGGAGAAAGUUUAGUAGAUUCUAUAGAAGAUGAUCUUUCAGACCCUCAAAGUACCGUCAACACCAGUAAUAUUUCUCAUGUUGAAGUGUCGACUGAAUGUUUAGAGGCUGAGUCAGAGUUGUAAAUAGUUGUGGCAGCUGUUUAUUUCUGAUCUAAAGGCAGCAGGUGUUGGUCAAAGUACAGUAAAUACUGUAGUUGAUUUCCAGGAAGAGAUUGUUCAAGAUAUUCAUCAGCAUGCUAAAGAAACAGUGAUAAAGCAUGUAUUUAGUAAUGAAAGAGAAACAGAAAUGUGCAAGAAAGUUGAGGCGUGUUUUGAGGGGUUAGAGAAUCCUUCACAGUUCUAAAUUCGAAUACAAGCGAUCAAAAAUUUAUGACUGCCAAGUGGGAAAUAGUAGAACCAGUUGAAUGUGUGAUUGGUUCAAGAUUUGACACAAGACGAAAUAAAAAGACUGGAACAUAUGAUCAGGUAGUAGUUCAAGAUAAAUUCAUGUAUAUUCCAAUUUUAUCUACACUGCAGUCAAUAUUUAAAAGUCAGUAUUUUGCAGAAAUGUUGCAAAGCUCAGCUACCAGCAACUCUAGACUGAGAGAUAUUUGUGAUGGAUCUUUUUUUUAAAGUCACCCCCUGUUCUCAACUGAGAAGCAGACAAUACAGGUCCAGAUGUUCUAUGAUGAUUUUGAGGUCGCCAACCCAUUGGGUUCCAAGCGAGGUAUUCAUAAAUUGGGUGGAGUAUAUUUUACUUUAAGAAACUUCUCUCCAAAAUGGAAUUCUUUUUUGGCUAACAUACACCUGUGCGCCUUAUUUCAUACUCAAGAUGUUAAACGAUAUGGUUUUAGUGAAAUUUUUGCUCCCAUUGUUCGAGACAUUAAAGUGUUAGAGAGCGAUGGUAUUGAGAUUCCAUUAUACAGUGGUUAUGUACGUGGCACUGUAGUACAGGUAACAGGUGAUAAUUUGGGUUUGCAUAGUUUGUUUGGUCUGGUGGAGUCUUUCAGUGCAAGGUACUGUUGCAGGUUCUGUUUAGCAGAAAAGGAGGACUUUCAAACAGAAUUCUCUGAAGAUUUCUUCCAAAAUAGUUUUUACGCACCAAAGAUAUGCAUACUGCUCACUGUCAAGAAAUGGCUUGUAAUCCAUCCCUUCCGUAUGUUUUUGGUGUGAAAAGGUCAUGCAUAUUAAAUUCAUUGAGGUAUUUUCACACAACUGAGAACUUCUCAGUUGAUGUGAUGCAUGAUGUGUUAGAAGGGGUUGGCCAGUACGAUUGAAGUUAUUAUUUCUGUAUUUGAAUGAAAAACAUGUUACAUCAGGAGAAAUACAUUCAAGAAUACAAAGUUUUGAUUAUGGUUUCACAGAGAGAAAUAACAGGCUGUGACGGUUAAUUUAAGUGAAGGAUCUAAUGAUCUGGGACUGAAUGCAAUUCAGUCCUGGUGCUUACUUAGGAAUGUUCCUCUUAUCUUUGGAGAUUUGGGUAACUUCUACUGACCAACACUGGGGCCUGCUUCUUUUAUUAUUGCAAAUAAUUAACAUUAUAUUCUCGCCCAUGUUAUCUCAAGGUCUAUGUGUAUAUUUAAAACAUUUGAUUGUUGAUCACCAUACACUGUUUAAGAAGUUGUAUCCUCAGAAUUUUUUUUUACCAAAGCACCAUUUUCUUAUCCACUAUCCCCGCUGCAUCCAGAAAAUAGGGCCUGUACUUCAUAGUUGGUGUAUGAGGUAUGAAGGCAAACAUAAUUUUUUCAAAAAACAGCUUAAAUCGUUUAAAAAUAUUACCAAAACGCUGGCAAAAAAGCAUCAGAAUCAUAUGGCAUAUAGUUGGCGAAGAUCAACAACUUUUAGUCGGUUAGAUAUGGUCCAGGAAAAAUGGUGGCUUUAAAUAUGGUAAAAGGAGGUUCUGAAAUUGCUUUGGCAAUGCAAGUGCCCAGUAGCAUUCAGGUUAUGAAGGUUAAUUGGGCUAAACAUAAUGGGUAUGUUUAUCGCCCACACUUGGUUAUCUGUGGCGAAGUUGACUCUGAAGUGCCCUUGUUUUAUCAGAUUGAGUCAGUUCUGAUAAUGUGUGAAAAAACUGUUACUACUACUCACAGUGCCUUUAGUUACAGUAACUUUUCAAGAACAUUUCCAUGCAUAUGAGGUGAUCAGAUCAAAGCAUGAUUUAGUUUUUUUUCAUGUCGACAACCUGCACUACCCUAGACCUUUUGACAUACAAAGGUCAUAUGGAGGAAAUGACACAGCUCUCCUUGUUGUGCCAUAUUGCUUUCUCUGGUGAACAUUUUUAUGAUGUUAUACUUCUGUCAUAGACAAGGCAAUGGGUGUACAAUGUAAUUCACGGACAUUGAAAUUAUACUUUUUUUUUUUCAAUAAAUGUGGGUGCUCUCAUCUUGUAUUAUUGUGCUUUGUUUUAUUUGAUAGUAUUGAUAUUUCUAUAAUUCAGUAACACUACAUCAUAUGAUUUAAAUUUAAAAAAAAAAAACACUGUAGAGAAAUGAAAAGUAAAUAUCAUUACACUUUAAAGUGUCAUUUUUUGAAGUAAAAUUGUAGUUGUCUUAACUCUAUACAGUGUAAUCAUAUUACUCUCAACAGUGUGAUUAAACUACAGUGUUAAAUAUUUUGACACAUUUCAUUGUUAUUUUUUACACAAUAUGGAGUAGAAUUAACUCUAAAAGUUUUACACUGACCAAAGAGUACAUUUUACACUGAUUUUGAGUGGGACCAAAUGUUAUCUGAAACAGAGUUAAAUUCAACUCGAUAGGAGUUAAAUUAACACUUCUGUUUUUACUGUGUAGGUAGAGUGACUAUGCAUAGAUAAUAAACAGUGAGUAGCAGCAGCGUUAAGGAAGGGGGGGGGAAUGCAAAUAGUCCGGGUAGCCAUUUCAUUAGCUGUUCAGGAGUCUUAUGGCUUGGGGGUAGAAGCUGUUAAGAAGCCUUUGGACCUAGACUUGGUGCUCCGGUACCGCUUGCCGUGCAGUAGCAGAGAGAACAGUCUAUGUCUAGGGUGGCUGGAGUCUUUGACAAUUUUUAGGGCCUUCCUCUGACACCGCCUGGUAUAGAGGUCCUGGAUGGCUGUAAUCUCUGCCAAAGGUGCUUCUACAAAGUAUUGAAUCGGUGUGAAUACUUAUGUAAAUGAGGUAUUUCUAUAUUUCAUUUUCAAUAAAUUAGCAAAAAUGUCUAAAACAUGUUUUCACUUUGUCAUUAUGGGGUAUUGUGUGUAAAUGGGUAACACAACAAAAUGUGGAAUAAGUCGAAGGGUAUGACUACUUUCUGAAGGCACGGUAUAUGGUCAGUUUAACAGUGGUAAGAGAGCACAUAGGGAGAACUGAUGGUGCUGAGAAAGAACACUGGUUUGGCGCAAACACUGACCCUCUCCUCAUCACCAUGGAAAUAGAAUUAGAAUUGGACAUGGGUUCUAUUUCUAUGCUCAUUACAGUACGAUCAACCUGUCAGGUGAAAACAAAGAGUUCAGAGGCUAGAGCAGGGAUCAUCAACUAGAUUCAGCCACGGGAUGAAUUCUUCUUGAGCGGAUGGUCAGGGGGCUGGAACAUAAUUACAAAUAUGAGAAAUACUAAAGGCUGAUCCGAGAGGACCAUGUACACCGAACAAAAAUAUAAACGCAACAUGUAAAGUGUUGGUCCCAUGUUUCAUGAGCUGAAAUAAAGAUCCCAGAUAUUUUCCAUAUGCACAAAAAGCUUAUUUCUCUAAAAUGUUGUGCACAAAUUUGUUUACAUCCCUGUUAGUGAGCAUGUCUCCUUUGCCAAGAUAACCCAUCCACCUGACAGGUAUGGCAUAUCAAGAAGCUGAUUAAACAGCAUGAUCAUUACACAGGUGCACUUGGUGCUGGGGAAAAUAAAAGGCCACUCUAAAAUGUGUAGUUUUGUCCCAGAACACAAUGCCACAGAUGUCUCAAGUUUUGAGAGAGCGUGCAAUUAGCAUGCUGACUGCAGGAAUGUCCACCAGAGCUGUUGCCAGAGAAUGUAAUGUUAAUUUCUCUACCAUAAGCCGCCUCCAACGUCGUUUUAGAGAAUGUGGCAGUACGCCCAACCAGCCUCACAAACGCAGACCACGUGUAUGACAUCGUGUGGGUGAGCGGUUUGCUGAUGUCAAUGUGGGUGCCCCAUGGUGGCAGUAGGGUUAUGGUAUGGGCAGGCAUAAGCUACAGACAAUGAACACAAUUAAAUUUUAUCGAUGGCAAUUUGAAUACACAGCGAUACCGUGAUGAGAUCCUGAGCCCCAUUGUCAUGCCAUUUAUCUGCCGCCAUCACCUCAUGUUUCAUGUUCCAUGUCGCAAGAAUCUGUACACAAUUCCUGGAAGCUGAAAAUGUCCCUGUUCUUCCAUGGCCUGAAUACUCACCAGACAUGUCACCCAUUGAGCAUGUUUGGGAUGCUCUGGAUCGACGUGUACAACAGCGUGUUCCAGUUCCCGCCAAUAUCCAGCAACUUCGCACAGCCAUUGAAGAGGAGUGGGACAACAUUCCACAGGCCACAAUCAACAGCCUGAUCAACUUUAUGUGAAGGAGAUGAGUCGUGCUGCAUGAUACAAAUACCGACUGGUUUUCUGAUCGAAUGAUCGACGCCCCUACUUUUGAUUUUAAGGUAUCUGUAUUCCCAGUCAUGUGAAAUCCAUAGAAUACACAUAAUGACACACAAAUAAUGCAAGAAAAUCAAGUUUCCCUGCAAGACAAGGAUUUUCCCGACUUUCAAGAAUCCCUGAGCUAAUUUCUAAACAUUUUGCCAUGAGGCUGAGAGAAAAUGUUGCAGUUUUACAGCUAAUUUCCUGUAAUAUCAUGGUUUAUGACGUGUUCAUGUGCUAUAUGGUGGCUAAAUGUCGCCAUCGUGUGUGGAAUAGGCAGACAUACAAGAAAUGAGAGAAAAGUGGCGAUAUUUAUUUAUUUAUUUGUAUUAGGGAACGAAACAAUCAAAUGGAUUUUGGAGAGCUGUCAAUCAAAAUACGUUUGGCGAGGAGAGCUGAUUAUGACCUAAACUGCGUCCCCCAUUCUAUUUCUAUGGUUCCAUAGACGCAACAAUGUAAACGCUCUGUAAAUUCCAGUGUUUUCAACACAGUGGCUCAUUAGCAAAGUUACACUUUCUGCUGCUACAUCUUAGUUUAAAGACUGCAAAAAUUACUGUAUGAAUUGGCCUACAAGACUCCGGUAAGUAGAAGGCAAUAUUUGAUCCAAAAAGCCCGGUUUUAGUCGGGGUUUUUCGACGCAUCAUCUUGUAAUGCUAUGCUGAUUUAAACUCACAAAAUGCGAGAAAAGUUUCCACGAUGAAUCAAUUAAUCAGAAGAGGAAUUUGUACAAAUUAGCUGUAGGACCCACUAUUUUCCACUGUUGUCCAGUUUUGUGCUCUAAGUAAGAUGAAGUUGUCCAUGACAACACUGACCUAAGGUGGGGUUUGCUUAGGCUUGGCAUUUGAAAUCAAUCAAUCUCUUUAUUUUUCUCUCAGUCAUGUCUAGAAGAAGUGCGAGACUUCUUAAUGUAGGGUACUAUGACCAGUCCUCAGAUGAUGAAAUCUCUGGCUCCAUGGUCUCCUACAAGGAGAGCCCUGUGCCUAGGUAGGUAGGUGUGUGUGUGUGUGUGUGAGUGAGAGAGUAUCGCUGUGUGUGCGGUGAUGUUUAUUGCACUUACGGUGGUAUUAGCACAGUGUUAACUGUGUGUGUGUCAAAUCAAAAUGUAUCUGUGUGUGUCUGUCUCAGGCUAUUCAACAAGAGGAAACCGAGAACAGGGGGCCAUAAGGGAAUCCAAAAGCCAAAUCAGCCAAUCAACGGUGAUGAAUUAAUUGGUACUGCUGACAUCACUUCCUGCCUGCGCAGGGGUUGUCCAGAUUGAUAACCCCUAUCUAGCCCCUUGUCCCUAGGACAUGGUUGUUCUGUCUUGCCAACUCCAUGACAAUGAUCAUAGGAGUUUGUGACAACACAGGAUACGUCCUAGGCCCGGGUUAGACACUUUUGUAGAUUGGAAAUCAUAUGCAAUGUAUUACUAAAGUCUUUCCUUCCCCUCUCCCCCCACCCCUCUUUCCUCUCUCUCUCCCCCCACCACCUCUUUCACCUCUCUUUCCCUCUCUUUCUCCCUCCUUCACCCACCCCUCUUUCGUCUCUCUGUCUCCCUGCUCCCCCAACCCUCUCGUUCCUCUCUCCCUCCUCCCCCACCCUCUCUUUCUCUCUCUCCCUCCUCCCCAACCCUCUCUUUCUCCUCUCUCCCCCUCCCCCACCCCUCUCUUCCCUCCUCCCCCCACCCUCUUUUUCUGCUCUCUCCCCCACAUCCUCCCACCCCUCUCUUUCUCUCCCCCCCCCCUCCCCCCCCUAUUCCUUCCCUCCCCCUCUGUCAGUCAUGGCGCCAACUGUGGAGGGCCGUCCAGAGAAGCAGACCUUCCUGUCUCCUACUGUGGCACCCAGUGUGGCCCCUGUUUCCUUUGGCCCCCGCCGCCUCUGUGGCCCUGCAGCCCAGCAUGAGCUCCUCCAGCAAUUGGAAUUCACCAGAAUUGACAGCUCUGGCUACUGCUCUGAUUCUGAGGAGCCACUGAGGGUCAAGACACGCUCCAACAGGAAGACUAUCCAGCGGGAUAGGCACUAGGACCAGGGCCAUCGCUAGCUGCAGUGAGUUCAGUGUGUCUGUCCUGUGAGAGACAACACUAGCUUGGCAUUUGCAUGUCUUUAUAUGCUUGUAAAAAAUAAGAAGAUAAAAAAAGCUGGUUAGUUAGCAUUAGCUUAGCAUCAGUGUGUCUCAAUUCAAUUUUCAAUUUAAGGGCCUUUUUUAAUUUAUGCGUGUCCUCUCUGCUUGAAAUUUGUCAGCAUUAGUUUAGCAUUAGCUCGUCGCUUUGCUUUUGCCUUGUUUGUUAGCAUUAGCAUUAUCUUUGGCUCUGUGUGUCUCCCUGUAGGCCGUUCAUGUUUCCCGACUGGUUUGCCAUCCUGGUUUGUCAUCUUCCUCUUCCUCCUGCCCGUUCUCCUGACCUUCCGUGAGUGUGACGUAACGUUCAUGUUCACACAUCUAAAUAUCCUCCUAUAAAUCUGUCCUCUGUGUGACCCGAACCACAAUGUCUUCCCUGCAGUAUUUGUCUUUCCGACCGUGUUCCCCACCAUGAACCUCAACCUUCCAAUGAACCGGCCGACUCAACCUGACUCUCCGCCCGACCUGACAUCAAAGGCUACAGUAGGACCUCUGUUUUUUCAUCUGUCCUUCUGGUGACGUCUCACAUGGCACACUAUACCCUAUAUAGUGGCCCACUUAUGUGGGCUCUGGUCAAAGGUAGUGCGCUACAUAGGGAAUAGAGUGCCAUUUGGGGCAGACUGUGUUAUCUAUGUCUUGAUUGGGUGAAUGCUGCAAUGAAGCUAUGCAUGGGCACACUCUGGUUGACUAGUUAAAACUCUUUCUACAGUAUGGAACUUCUAUCAUGGAUUCAGCUCUUGAAGACAAAAUGGACAACAUCCAGGUACAAAAUAGAGAGAGGGGGGUGGAGAGAGAAUGCACAAAAUGUUUGGCCAUAUUAAUUUAUCUGUCCAUGUGCUUGUCUUGCAGAGAGAGAUUGAAAUUCUUAAACAGAAAGCACACCAGCACCGAGGCAUUUCCCAGGUGAGAAUAGUCAAUCUAUCCCUUUGUAGUGGAAGUACCUGGGAUUAUUUUCUAUUUGUUGCUGUAGUAUUGCCAGUUUGUCAAUUGAGAUGUGGUGUCAAUAAUUGCCCUUCUGGAAUUAAUAAAGUUUAUUCAAUUGAAUUGUGUUUGUGUCCACCAACAGAUGGUACAAAGACUCAAUAUCGACAUGAGGGGAGUAAGGAGCGAGAUGAACAACGUCAGAGGGAAAGGGAACAGGUGAGUGUGGACCAGUCCUGAAACUACCCAUAUAGUCCCUAGCUCCUACCCCAUAAAAAAACAAGACAAAAGUUAUGUUGUAUUCUAUUCUAGAAGACAAAUAUCUGUUUCUCCCAAAAUAGAAAAUACAUUUGUUUUGUGUUGUUUCAUUCUAUUUUAUUGUAGUGUCUCUAUUGCUGUCUCUACUGCUGGAGAGCGUCUGGCCCAGGACGCUGCCGAGUUCGGCAGCAAGAUGGCUGAUCUCCAAGAGGAACAGUCCAUUACCACACAGAGGGUCAGAGCCCUGGAGGACACCAGUGAUACGGUAACACACACGUACACGCAGGCACACGUGCACACACACACACACAUACACACACACACUUCUCCUAAUAUGCGUGAUCUCUGUGUGUUCUCUAGCUGCAGCAACAGGUGACCACCAUUCAAAACCAGCCUCCCCCUGCUCCCACACCAGAAAACAUACACCUGACACCUGAUUUUAAAGAGGCCAUGGAGAAAUGGCUGCGUGACCAACUGGCCCAGGUGGGUUUAUUUAUUUUCUUGUAAAAUAAACAGAAGAUGUGAUGCGUUUUUAAAGUUGACCGUGCAUGUGUGAUUGUGUGUCUGUCUGUGUCUCACAGGAUGAGAGAUGGGACAUGAAACGGGUGAUAAAGGAUUGCAGUCGUCCGUUAGCGGACCGACUGCCUGACUUUGCCUUGGAGUCUCAAGGUUUGUGACAUCACUGUACUUCAGCAUGUUUUCCGUAUGUGCCACAGAAAAUAGUCCCAGCACGUGUGGAUGCUUUAUAGACUACAGUAUCGUGUGUGUGUGUGUGUAGGUGGCAGUAUUGUAACCAGCAGAUGCUCUGAGACGUAUCACACCCGUUCGGCCUGCGUGAGCUUCCUGGGGAUUCCCCUGUGGUAUCCUGAAGAGACCCCCCGGACUGUCAUCCAGGUUGGUACCUCUCUCUCCCUUUGUGUCAUCCUAUAUCUCUCUUUCUGAAGUGUGUCGUCUUGACCACCAUGUUUAAAUGCAGGUUAACCAUUCUCCUACAAUUUCCGUGGCCUGCGGAAAUCUAAUUAACAUAAUACAAAAAUUCCCAUCUAAAUCCAUCUGUUUAAGCUAGAGAUAUUUGUUUCUUUGUAUGGGCUGCGUCUCAAUCCACCACAUCCACCGAUAUCGCCCUUCCGCAUCUGCGGUGAAAGGUGGCAAAUUAUUAUGAGACUCUCACAAACACGAUGAUGUUCUGUUUUUUUAUAUUUUUAUACACUAAAUUUUUUACAUUUUAGUCAUUUAGCAAACGCUCUUAUCCAGAGCGACUUACAGUUAGUGAGUGCAUACAUACAUUUUGUAAUUUUUCAUACUGGCUCCCCGUGGGAAUUGAACCCACAACCAAGGCAUUGCAAACGCCAUGCUCUACCAACUGAGCUACAUCCCUGCCAGCCAUUCCCUCCCCUACCCUGGACGACACUGGGCCAAUUGUGCGCCGCCCCAUGGGUCUCCCGGUCGCGGCUGGCUACGACAGAGCCUGGAUUCGAACCACGCGAUGCAGUGCCUUAGACCACUGCACCCCUUCAAAUGAGUGGAUUCUGUUAUUUCAGCCACACCCAUUGCUGACAGGUGUAUAAAAUCGAGCACACAGCCAUGCAAUCUCCAUAGACAAACAUUGGCAGUAGAAUGGCCUUACUGAAAAGCUCAGUGACUUUCAACGUGGCACCGUCAUAGGAUGGUCCUCUGUAGCUCAGCUGGUAGAGCACGGCGCUUGUAACGCCAAGGUAGUGGGUUCGAUCCCCGGGACCACCCAUACACUAAAAUGUAUGCACGCAUGACUGUAAGUCGCUUUGGAUAAAAGUGUCUGCUAAAUGGCAUAUUAUUAUUAUUAUUAUGCCACCUUUCCAACAAGUCAGUUUGUCAAAAUUCUGCCCUGCUAGAGCUGCCCCAGUCAAUUGUAAGUGCUGUUAUUGUGAAGUGGAAACAUCUAGGAGCAACAACGUCUCAACCGCGAAGUGGUAGGCCACACAAGCUCACAGAACGGGACCGUGUACUGAAGCGCGUACCGAGGUCCAAACUGCCUCUGGAAGAAACGUCAGCACAAUAACUGUUUGUCGGGAGCUUCAUGAAAUGGGUUUCCAUGGCCGAGUAGCCGCACACAAGCCUAAGAUCACCAUGCGCAAUGCCAAGCGUUGGCUGUAGUGGUGUAAAACUUGCCGCCAUUGGACUCUAGAGCAGUGGAGAUGCGUUCUCUGGAGUGAUGAAUCACGUUUCACCAUUUGGCAGUCCGACGGACUAAUCUGGGUUUGGCGGGUGUCAGGAGAACACUACCUACCCCAAUGCAUAGUGCCAACUGUAAAGUUUGGUGGAGGAGGAAUAAUGGUCUGGGGCUGUUUUUUCGUGGUUCGGGCUAGGCCCCUUAAUUCCAGUGACGGGAAAUCUUAACGCUACAGCAUACAAUGACAUUCUAGACGAUUCUAGUGCUUCCAACUUUGUGGCAACAGUUUGUGCAAGGCCCUUUUCAGCAUGACAAUACCCCCGUGCACAAAGCGAGGUCCAUACAGAAAUGGUUUGUCAAGAUCGGUGUGGAAGAACUUGACUGGCCUGCACAGAGCCCUGACCUCAAAAUCAAAUAUCUAAAUAAUCCUUGGUAUGACCAUCUUAAAACAAUUCCAUAUGUUGGCUUAGUAGAACCGACCCCCCCCCCUCCCCCCAACCUCACCGCUGGCUUAGACAGGCCUUAGACUCUAGAUGUGUUUCCCAACCCAGGUCCUCCCAACAAUAACAACAAAUGUAUUGUAACCAUGGACAAGCACACCUGAUUCAACUUGUCAACUAAUCAUCAAGCCCUCAAUGAGCUGAAUCAGGUGUGCUUGUCCAGGGCUAUAACGAAACAGUGUACUGUUGGGGGUACUGGAGGACCAGGGUUGGAAAACACUGCUCUAGAGGGUUAAAGACUGAUCCAAAUACACCUGUCACUCAUCUUUCACCCCCUCAGGGCCAGCAGGUGCUGCCUGGCAAGUGUUGGCCGUUUCCUGGGGCCCAGGGCACUAUGACCAUCGCCCUGUCUCACCCCAUCCACGUGACCCAUGUCUCUCUGGAGCACCUCUCCACCGCCGUCUCCCCUAACGGACGCAUCGACAGUGCCCCCAAGGACUUCGCCGUCUACGUGAGUCACCUCUGAGGGCCUGUAUUCACAAAGUCUCUGAGUGUGGGGGGGGGGGGGACCCUUUCCUUCCCUGUUCAGCACUCCAACUCUGAGGCUCUUUCCUUUCUUGUACCACAUAGAAUCUACAGUGGGAUGAUUUGUACAGGGAUGUUUUAGUGCUAUGUAGAAUACCUUUUAAUUGACUCCCUCACUUUUUCCCCACUCGCUUUCUGUGUAGGGCAUGUCUACUGUCAGCGAAGAGGGAACACUGCUCGGAAUGUUUACAUAUGACCAGGCUGGAGAUCCCCUCCAGACAUUCAAAUUGCCUGUGAGUCCAAUGCUGACAAACUAUUAGAGAUACAUAGUAAAGAUACAGGCUAAUGAGACAGGUAGUGAUACAUAGUAAAGAUACAGGCUAAUGAGACAGGUAGAAAUACCUUUUGGGGCCUAAUGUGUAUGCAUUAAGACUUAUCUCAAAAGUCAAUAAGCUUGGACCUCUCUCACCCUCUUCUCACUCUGACUUUUUUUUUCUCAGAACCCUACUGCAGUGUAUCGGUAUGUGGAGCUCCAUGUCCUCAGCAACUGGGGUCACCAGGACUACACCUGUGUGUACCGCUUCCCGGGUUCACGGCAAGAUGGCUUCCUUUUGAAGGGG